GAAAGAACAAACCCAGUGAAGAGAACUUUAAUACCGAUCAAUAUAGUCAAUAUAAACAUGGCUGGGAAAAGUUCAGCCGAUGGCAUGUUACAGGAGAAGGUCUCCCCACCUCCAAAGGACGAGGAAGAGCUUGAAUUGGAGCGUCUUGUGUUUGGAGACGCUGAAGGAUUUGUAGCGAAUUUGAAGAAGAUUGAUAAUUUGUACGAUUACUCCGAGGAAGAAGAGGAAGACUACGACGGUACCGAUGGACUCUUGGAUACUUCAGGUGACGAGAGUGACUUGGAUGGUGUGCAAGACGAAGAUUUGUUCACGAUAGAUGACGGACAUCCAGACCAUGAAGAUGAUGAUGAUGCCAUGGAUGUAGACGAAGAAGACCAAGAACAAGAAGAAGAUGACGAGUCAGACAUUGACGAAGAUGCCGCAUGGGUCGACAGUGACGACGAGAAGCUCAACAUAUCGCUUCUUGCCUCGGAUAGAAUAAAAAAAUUAAGAAAAACUGAGACUGAUUCGGUGAUAAGUGGUCACUCAUAUGUGCAAAGAUUGAGAUCACAAUUCGAAAAGAUAUACCCUAGACCUGAUUGGGUUGACAAGCUCGAGCAGGGUGUCGACGCCGAGGCCGAGGAGGGCAGUGACGACGAAAUGGCCGGUGACGACGAGGACGAGACCGCCAAUAGUAGCAUCAACGGCGAUGCGUCCGCAUUGAUGGCGCUCCUUUCGUCGACCAAACCACUCAUAAUAACCAAGCAAUUGAAGCUCAUCUCGCCACACAAGAUCUCGGUGACACGUCUCAAGAACGCCAACCACGUGCAGCCUUCCAAGGGAGCCAUCCAAUCGCUUUCCUUCCACCCUACACAUCCUCUUUUGAUGACCGGUGGGUUUGACAGAACCCUCAGAGUGUACCACAUCGACGGAAAGACCAACAACGUGGUGACGUCGUUGCACUUGCGGAACUCCCCCAUCACCACCUGUGCGUUCGCACCCACCAAUAGUAACAGUAACUUGAUCUUUGCCGCUGGUCGUCGACGUUACAUGACGAAGUGGGACUUGGACUCUGGGGAAGUCGAGAAGAUCUCGAGAAUGUACGGCCAUGAGCAGUUCCAACGUUCCUUUGAGUACUUCAAGGUCUCACCCCGUGGUCUGUACAUCGGGCUUGUAGGUAGCAGUGGUUGGUGUAACAUUUUGAACGGGAAGACCGGCCAAUGGGUCAGAGGCUUCAAAGUUGAAGGAACCAUCGUUGACUUUGAGUUCACCUUUGACGAGUCUGUUUUGAUUGUUGUGAACACCGCCGGUGAAGUUUGGGAGUUCCUGAUGUCGGGCCAAGUAAGCAAGAAGUCCACCAACAACAAACACAAUAACAAUGGCUCCAGCAACCUUAUCCGCAGAUGGCAAGAUGAUUCUGCCAUUGGUAUCACCAAGCUUAAGCUCGGUGGAGCAAAGAGUAGAUGGUUGGCCAUCGGUACCAACAACGGUAUUGUCAAUGUUUAUGACAGAAAUAGCGAAUCCACCAAGCCUCUCAAAUGUGUUGAGAACCUUGUCACCACCAUCUCAUCAUUAUCAUUUUCACCAGAUGGUCAAUUAUUGGCCAUUGCAUCAAGAGCAAAGAAGGACGCCUUACGUUUGGUACACAUCCCAUCAUGUAGUGUUUACCUGAACUGGCCAACUUCCGGAACCCCUCUUGGAAGGGUCACUGCUGUGUCAUUUUCGCCAAAUAACGAGAUGUUGGCCAUUGGUAAUGAUUCAGGAAAGGUGACCUUAUGGAGAAUGAACCACUACUAGGUGUUAGAUAGAUAGAGAAGACUACAACAAUAGAAUAUAUAACAGUCCAAUUAAAAUUUAUAAGGUAGUAGUGGUAGUAUUAGUAGUAGUAGU